AUGAUUUCAAGUCAUUUUUCAAGAAUACCUUUCAAUUUCAUACAGAGAACAACACUCAUGCUCAUAGAUGGCUAAUAUUCUGGUAUUGGAAAUGUUAAGUACUUCCGAACUGUACUAUGUUAUGAAUUAAAUUUUGUAAUCAUUUUAUAAAUGAAAAAAAUUGGAAUUAAUUUGUUAACACUCGUUACUCUGAUAAAUCCAUCUUUCUCCAUCUACCAGAAUUUACUACUUUCAAUCAGUAUCUGUAUUAUGCUAUUUAACCAAUACUUACUUUACCAUCAAUAUUUUAACAUUAAAAAAUUAGCUCAUGUAAUGAUUUACUUAAAAUGGAUUAUGAUGUAUGCCUAACUAUCUUAAAGUUGUACAUAAUAGUAAAUAUGUGCUCAACUCAUUUUGCUCACAGAACUUGACUUGUUUAUUAAAACAAUCAUUGGGAUUGGAUCUUCAAUCAAUUCUAUCCUACAACCAAACAUUUAUGGAUUUUACUUUACGAUUCCUUAUAUGAUAGUGAUUUUGAGUGUAAUAUUGUAUGAUUAUUGGAAACAUCUUCAAAAAAAUGAAAAUAGCAGUACUUAACUGCAAAAAGCUAAGUUUAUCAAUUCUAAAUAAUUGUCAAAUCAGUUUGACUAAUAGUCCUCUAAAGUCUAAAUUCAAGGGAAUUGUGUAAAGUCUCCUGGCUUAGAAUGUCCUGAUUAAUUAAAUAGUCCGAUGAUUUUGGAUAUGCAUUGUAAUGAAGAAGAGGAUGUUCUAGCUCACAUGUACAUAUUGGAUAUCUAUAAUCUAGGUCAUGGAUUCACAAUCAAUCUAUUCUAGUCUAUAAUCAAAAUUUCGAAAUCACAUACCAAAACUUCUACUUAGGGAAACUUACAAAUCCACAAUUCUCAGGAGUCAACCAAAAUAAUGAUUAUGAGUAAAUCUUUCUCGAAUGCGUGAUUGAAAUAGGAAGUAGAGAAGUCAAUGAUUUAUUUGGGAACUCAGAAGUAGACUUGGAUUAAGAAGAGUACUAUAACCUUUUAUCAACAAUAGCUCUUUAAUAUUAGACAGCACUGUACACAGUAGAUAUAAAAUUAAAGGUGGAUUAUAAAAAAUAAGAUAAAUGGUUGCUGCUUUAUUUAACAAUUAUUAAAAGUAUGAAUAUAAAUUUAUUAUAGAUGGAAAUUCUUUACCUUUACACUUUUCAAAAUAAAAAGCAAUGAACUCGAUUUUAAGAAUAUUGGUAUCAAAGUGUUAGUCACUGAAGUGAAAUCAAAGCUCUAUACUCUGUUCAUGUUUGAAACAAUACAAAAGGAGAACUCAAAAAGAGUAUUAGAUGAACCGGUUUAAUUUUUAAAUGUUUUCUAAACUUUUCUUUCCGAAUCCAACAAUUACAUUAAUGCUAUUCAUUUAUUACUUCUAUUAUGCUCUCACGAUCACGAAAAGAAUUCAGGUAAAAUUUCAAAAGAAUACUUAAAACAAAUGAGAAUGAGCACUUAAAAGCUUAUGAUUUUUUUGGGAACCAUGAAAGACCUUUCUCUUCAACUCACGAAUCAAUUGACCUUUAAAAACUCAAGCUUCAAACUCACUGAUAUAUUGGAUGAACUCCAACUCAUAUACGAGGAUUGCUUAAAAAUUAAGGAGAUCUCAAUCAUUCAAAUAAUAGAAAAUGAUUUGAUAGUUUUCAAUGAUUCCGAUCGAGUAAACUAUAUAUCCUAUUUAGACUAAACAAAUUCUAAAAUGUCUAUUCGAAAUAGCUAUCAAAUUUACUGUUGCCUCCAAAAUCAGAAUAGAUAUUCAUUAGGUAUCACCAAACAAUUAUCAAUUUCAAAUCAAAGACAUUCCAUUUAGAGAAGAAAGCGUAAAGUCUCAAUAUCAAACAGUUCUAAAGAAUACAGCAUAAUUAAUGAAAACUAAUUGCAAAGAUUUUGAUAUGAGCAAUCUAUUGGAAUUGCAAAUGUCAGCAAUUCUAGCCUUCUCUCUUUCUGGAUCUCUCAGAAAACCAUUAGAGAUAAGCUUUGAUAACCAACUUUAAGGAACUUUCACUUUUACUGUUGAAUCACUUCCAAUUAAUGGUAAACAUGGUAAUCACAAUUAAUAAAUCAAACCUAAGCGUGCAUUUGAAACAUCACUAUCUAUGUUAUUAGCAUAAGCAUAAGACAGUUCUCAAUAUAAGUAUGAAGAAUCAAAGUACAUGUCUUUUACUUAGAUAUCAAAGCAAUACUCACUCAAACCAGAUGUCCCAUUUGAUUUACAGAGUGCUCAUUUUUCACAAAUAUCCAAAAUCAAAUAAGAGUCUCCUUAAAUUAAACCUCUAGGUUCUUAAGCUCAAAUAAAUUCUGGUGGAACCAAUAAAGUGUAGGAUUCCUUGUUUCCUAAAAGUUUAAACAAUUACAAUCCUUCAAAAGCGAUCAAAAGUGAUUCUGCUAUCAAUGAAUCUUCCAGACCUAUGACUAGUGCUUUGGAUUUUGGAGAAAGUACCAAUCCAAAUAUCGAUCUCCAGGAGUUGAGUCCAAAGUUUUUACAUUCUGUAAUCAAGUUCAAAUUAACUAAUUAAUGUUGUUCAAAAGUCAUAAUUGCAGAUAACGAUUAUCUGAAUGUAUCAGUACUCUAAAUUCUACUCAAUAAAUAUGAGGUUAAAUCUGAUAAAGCAUUUACGCAGCAGUAGACACUUUAGUUAAUAAGAAGUAAGUCACUUAGUCCAUGCAGAUGCAAAAACGGAGCUUAUUUAAUUUACUUUAUUGAUGUCUCCUUGCCGGUAUGUAUUCCCACAUAUAUAGCAAUCAGCAGUGGAUUUGAUCAAAGAAAUCAAAUAACUAUUUAAAUCUUUGUUAGUAGACAAGGGCUUCAUCAUUGCCAUGGCUAGUUAUAGUGAUAUGGAUUUGAAAUUGAGUUGCUUCAACUCUGGAAUCGAUUAUUUCAUUACAAAACCUUUUGAUUUAUUUGAAUUAACUGCUAUUCUUUAAUAUAUAUAGUUUUGA